AUGUCGCUCAACGCUAAAUAUCUUCUGCUUCUUGCUCAGUACCCAUUACUUACUAAAUCAGUAACAGCUGGAGUUCUUGCCGCCAUCAACGAACUGGUGGCAACUGCGGUCUCUGGCCAAUACAAUAAGACCACUGUGACGAUUUUUGGCAAGAAAUACACGUUCUCUCACGUGUUGAGCACCAAAACAUUACUCUUGGUCAUCUACGGAGCUCUCAUCGCAACCCCGAUCUCUCAUGUGCUCUACAAGGUGUUGAAUCGCGUUUACAGCGGCAAGUUGAGCCCCUUGAUGAAGGUAGCGCAGCUUGCCACAUCACUCCUCACCAUUUCGCCGACUCUUAGUGCUGUUUUCGUGUCGUGGCUCUCUAUCAUCAAUGGUUAUCGUAAGACGUCCAACAACCUCGGAAAAGAGUUAGGCAAGAUCCGCCUCGUGGUGAGAGAGGGUAUGCGCAAAAGCUUCUGGGGCAUUUAUCGUAGUGCAGCUACGACGUCGUUACUUUCGCUUAUCUUUGCACAGAACUUUCUUCCUCCUGAGCUUUGGGUGGUAUUUUUGACGUUCGUGUUUUUUGUUUUGGGAACUAUCCAGAACACGAAGUUCAAGCUUUCACAGAGAAAACUCGAGAAGAAGAAAGAUGAAUAG